UUGUCGGAGCUUAUGCAAUACUAAUUGGCCUAGUGUCGUUCAUUGCGCCCACCACGUUCUACAAGUUUGGCGUGAUCGAACGAGUUGGAAACAUAAUUCUGGCUUUCUUUUUUCCUAACUGGGCGCUGUACAAUAUUUUCUUUUAUAUCAUCAACUUUGACUGUGAUGAGAAAGGUGUCCUAUGGUCGAAUAUUAAGACCAAAGGCCAGAAGGGCGAUACGAGCUAUUUCACCCUCUUCGAAGGGUUGUUGAUAAUGGGAGCGUCGGCCAUAUUUUACUUUCUCCUUGCCACUUACAUCAACUUGACCAGUCAGGCAAAAAUGUUUCCCCCGACGUUGAAAUGGUGGGAUGUCAUUGGGAGAAAAAAGCAAUGGAAGGAAAACAUGAGCCGUCAACAAGAAUUGUUAAUUGAAAUCAGGGAGGGGAAAGAUGACAACUUUGAAAAACCAGCAAUUUACGAAGAAUCGAAUUCAGGUAACAAGUGCUAUGUUCGCGUUAGGCAUUUAUGCAAACGGUUUGGGAAGCAUAAAAUGGCUUUGGACACCAUCAAUAUGAAUAUAAUGCACGAAGAAAUUACCGUAAUUUUAGGACAUGGAGGAAGUGGAAAAAGCACUUUGGUUUCCAUUUUGGCUGGACUGCUCAACCCUACCGCUGGAUAUGCGACAAUUAAGAACCACGAUGUCAUCUUCGAAGCCAACAAGGCUGGUCAUUUCGUGGGCUUGUGCUCUCAAACUCUAAUUUACUUCAACUUACUGAACGUGAAACAACACCUUUACUUGUGCUAUCGGCUUCGAGGAUAUGUAGCAGCAGAUUGUACUCGUAACACGUCUACACUCUUGACAAGACUGCGACUUUGGAAUGCAAGUCAAAUUCAGUGCGUUUUUGACCAUGGUCUUGAAUAUUCAACUUGUUUUCGUAGAUUCGGGAUUAUUAUCCAGACUCGAUGACUAAUGAGGAGCUCCGACGGUUAAAUAUUGCAAUGGCAAUGGCUGAUUCACCAAAAGUAUUGCUUUUGGAUGAGCCGACAAUGGGGAUGGACGCUUUCGGGCGGCGAGAAAUCUGGAAUAUUUUAAAGAUAUUGAAGCAUCAUCACACUGUGAUUUUAACUAGCACUUACAUGGAUGAGGCAGAAUAUUUGGCAGACAAAAUAGCCUUGCUAGCUCAUGGACGACUUAUAUGCUAUGGGUCUGUGGAAUUCCUGAAGAAACAGUACGAUACUGGAUAUUUCCUCAAGUGUUCGCCUUUCCGAGAUGUGAAAUUAGAUGCCCAAGCAAUUUUGGCGCUGGUGAGGAACAGAGUUGGUGAAAAUGCUGAAGAACAGAAAAACAGCACAAUCAAGGAUGUGGAUAACCUUAUCAUAGAACUGCCAAUCGUCGACUUCCUGAAGUUCUCUGAACUCUGUGAGGAUUUUGAUCGAAACCAGAUAAAAAUGGGAAUCAAAAAAUAUACUUUCAAGCAAAUUGGGUUGAACGACAUUUUUAUCAAAAUUUGCGAAUCCAUUUCUAUCGACAAAGACGGUCCUGAUCUUUAUGUUAGGCGUGACUCGGCCGGUGAUGUCAGAUCAGCAAUGACAUGUACCCACUGCACAGUUUCUUACCCUUUAUGAAUUCAUGUAAAUAUGCAUGACAAGGAAUAUUUACCACAAUAUUUUCCUUCCCUUGUUGUUCAGCACAAAUCCCCACCGCUCCAGAAUCCGGCAGAUAUCUUCCAAACUAUAAGAGCCAAUUUAAUGCCCUUCUGCAGAAACGUAUAACGUAUUUAUUGUCGAAACACGACUUUCUCGUGUGGCAGUUUCUGAUUCCAAUUUGUCUGAUUCUUCUCGUGAUGUACGAGGCGAAAAUAUUUGCUGCAACGCCGUUGGUCCCACCACUUCGUAAUAUGACCUUUGAGCCAUUUUCUAGUGACAUGCAAGUCUUCACACUAGUGUCGUCAGACAACGAUGCCAUUAAUUACACAGCCCACAUUAAAAAUACUCUCGGGUCCAGAAUGAAAGAACUUUCGAGAAGUGAACGAAUUUUGACGGCUUUGAAUAACCUUCUGAGUGGUCAGACAAGCAACUUGGGAAAUGUUAAGGAGAACCACAUGGCCGCUCUCGAGUUCAAAAGUGUCGUAGGAAACAAGGAAAUGUUCGAUUUCAUUGGUUAUUUUGCCAGCGGUGCCCUCCACAGUGCUCCCGUGAUCCUCAACACCAUGAUGAACGUUAUUCUCAGCGCGGUCACAGAGCCUGAUAAGCCAAAGUAUCAAAUAUUUGCGGUUAAUAACCCACUACCUCUGACAACCGAAACUUGGUCCACUUCACAUGAAUCUUGUGGAUUGGUUUGUAUCAUAUUUUCGUUGAUAUUGUCCUUUGCAUUCGGCUUUAUUUCUGGAUGGACAUCAAUCUUCCCCAGACAAGAACGACGGAUUGGAAUAAAGCACAUGCAAUUUAUGAGCGGAGUGCGCCCAUGGCUGUACUGGCUUGGAAACUUUGUGUGCGAUGCAACCAUGAUGAUCAUCGUGACGUUGAUCGUUGGAAUAAUUUUCUAUUUGGAUCGAAAGGAAACGUUUGGAACCAAUGCAAUUUUUGUUCUCAUGUGCAUCACGGUAUUAUAUCUGGGCUGGAGUGGGUUAGCAUUUUCCUACUUCGUUAGUUGCGUCCUUCCUAUGAAAUUUCGAGGCUUUACUUCAAUGAUUUUAAUACAUAUGAUCUGCUUGAUAUUGUUUAUAUUUUCUGAGUGGGUACUAAAAUCUACAACGUCCACGGGGGCGGUUGUACUUCGAUUUUUGCUCAUGAUAUUCCCAGGAUUUGCAGUAACCUGUGGCAUUCAAGACUGGUUCAAUGCAAUUUCACGCAGGUCUUUCUGCCAAGGCUUGCUACCCCAUGUUAAAGAGAUGUGCGUCGGUUCAAAGGAAGUCAGCGUGAGGCACUUUGCAUCUGCGAAGCAUUUGUAUGACCACAUCAUGAAAACUAACGUUGUACUUGGACAAUGUUGUGAUAAGAUAUGCAAACCAAGAAACGCUUGCUUCAAAGAACCAGGCAUUCUAAGCCCCACUUUCGAAUCUUGGUCAAAUCCUGGUCUUAUUACAGAUCUAAUUGCAUUAACGCUAACUGGGUUUCUUUAUUGGCUUUUACUUUUGGUGGCUGAAAAGCGAAUCGCUUCUCGGAUUUCGCAGAAGGUUUUUUCAAACUUUUUAGAUUCUGAAAAAGGAAAAAAGUUGCGUAAAACUCAAGUAGGUUCCAGCGAUAUUAAGCAUGAAACUUUGGUGGUAAAAUCAAUGAUCGAUGGAGAAAGCUUUCCCACGGACACAGCAAUGAUUAUCUAUGGUCUGACGAAAUACCGAGACGAUGUAAUUUUACUGAACGAAUUCAGUUUAGAAGUGAAAAAAGGGGAUUGCAUUGGAAUCUUGGGAGCUGGAGGCAGUGGAAAAAGCACUCUAAUUCGAAUGAUUGCUGGAAUUGACACCCCGACAAAGGGAAUGUGCUACAUUGGAAACGCGAGCCUUGUCAAGAAUCGAAAGCAGUAUUUGUCCUGCCUCGGCUACUGUCCGCAAGAAAAUACUUUAUUCGACACUUUCACCGGAAUCCAAAUGUUGGAACUGAUGGGUCGUUUAAGAGGAAUUCCUAAGGAAAUCUUAAGUUCUCAUGUUGCGAAAUGGCUGCAAGUUGUGGGCUUAAGUGAAUCAGGACAAGACCUCUGCAAAUUAUAUGGAUUCGACAUGAAACGGCGACUGUGUUGUGCCAUGGCCCUGAUCGGGCAGUGUCAGAUUCUUUUGUUGGAUGAAGCGACAACUGGGAUUGGACCGAUGGGAAGAGAACGAUUUUGGGCAGUGCUAGAGCAUCUUAAAGACUUGGGCCACACGAUAAUUUUCACAUCUUUCCAUACAGAAGAAUGUUUGAAAUUGUCUACGAAACUGGUUGUCCUCGCAGAUGGCAAUGCUCAAUGUUUGGGAAAGCCGGAUGACAUACAGAAACGAUAUGCUAGAGGAUAUUGUCUCACAUUCAGAAUGAGGCAUGAAACCCUGACACGAGUGGACAUUGUAUCCUCGACCAUGGGAAAAGUUGUCGAAUUUAAGAAAGCCGUUCAACAAACGUUUUCUUAUUGCGAUUUGCUCGAUGAGCAGGACAAUCUCCUCAUGUUCUUUCUUCGUGAUGCUAAAAUAUUUUGGGGCGAAGUUUUUCGAAGAAUGCAUGGUUUAGUAGCUCAAUAUUCUCACAUUCUCUCCAGCUAUGACGUCACAGAAGCUUCCAUCGAUGAAUUAUUUGUUCUUUUGACAAACAAGUACCGGGAAAUGGGGACACCACGGCGAAUUGAUAAUCAAAGCGAGACGGAAAUUUCAAAAGAAGAAGCUGAAAUUCAAGCCUUGGAAAAAGCAGCCAGAGCCUUGCACAUGAAAGUUUGACUUCACAUGCAAUAGUUUGUAACUCAAUUAUAAAUAAUAAACCUGCCCAGAAAUUUUUUGGGAAAU